UAUAUAUUAAGUCAUUGAGGUUAACGUAAGACUUGUAGCAAAAGUUGCUACAAGUUGCGUCUGAUUGCUUUUUCUUCUGAGACUGGUGUAUCAAAUAUAUUUGUUGUUUCUGAAAAAGAGAAGAAUAGUAUUGAAUAUAUACAUAUGUUUAUUUCAUCAUAGUUAAAGAACCCUAACUGAGCUCUUGCUGAGUUUUAACCAAAAUGAGUGGUCAGGUUGUUCGCCACGUAAAACCAAUUUUAUCCGUCAGCAGAGAAGAUGCUCGUCGAAAAGUACUCAUAUUAUAUAAAGCAUGGAUUCGUCAAGUUCCAUCAAUGUUGUUACUUUAUGAUAUCCCUAAAGAUGAAGCAGCUUGUAAGGCAAAGAUACGUGAAGAGUUUAAACGUCAUGCUCAUGUCACUGAUUUAAGAAUUAUAGAUCGACUUAUUAUAAGGGGUCAGAUGGAAUUACAAGAAGUAGCCAAUAUAUGGAAAACCAAAAGUGGACUUAUGCACUAUUGGAAAGAAACAUGGGAGAAGAAGCCAACUGAUUUCAUGUCAAAAUUCCUUAGUGGGCAAGAUUAAUUUACUUUGCUUUGAUUAGUUGAUAAAAUGCAUCAACACCUGGUUGCAUUUUAGAAAUAUGUGAUUGUAACAAGUUAUGUACAUAUGUGUUAAUAUAAUAAAUAUGAAAUGAUUUUCUUGCAAUGAA